AUGGAAGGCUCCAGCGACCCGGAGCGCCAGCAUGCUCUCGACUCCUAUAAAAAGGCUUUAAUGGAAUCAAGGGAAUGGGAAUCGAAACUGAAAGCUCUUCGGUUAGGCAUAAAGGAUCUACAAAAGGAGUUUGAUCAGACUGAAGACAACAUCAAAGCCCUCCAGAGCGUCGGCCAGAUCAUUGGCGAGGUUCUCAAGCAGCUGGACGAAGAGCGGUUCAUUGUGAAAGCAUCGUCAGGACCUCGAUAUGUUGUUGGAUGCCGGUCCAAAGUUGACAAGGCUAAGCUGAAGCAAGGCACUCGUGUAGCUCUUGAUAUGACCACCCUAACUAUCAUGCGUAUGCUGCCUCGCGAAGUGGAUCCUCUGGUCUAUAACAUGUCCCUGGAAGACCCUGGUCAGGUUAAUUUCGCCGGAAUUGGUGGGUUGAAUGAUCAAAUUCGUGAGCUGAGAGAGGUGAUUGAACUACCACUCAAAAACCCGGAGUUGUUCAUGAGGGUUGGAAUAAAACCCCCUAAGGGUGUGCUGUUGUACGGACCUCCUGGAACCGGAAAAACGCUUCUUGCCAGAGCCGUUGCCAGCUCUCUAGAGACAAACUUUCUAAAGGUUGUCUCCUCCGCCAUUGUAGACAAGUAUAUCGGUGAAUCUGCUCGGUUAAUCAGAGAAAUGUUUGGCUAUGCUAAAGAGCAUGAGCCCUGUAUUAUUUUCAUGGACGAGAUCGAUGCCAUUGGAGGCCGCAGGUUUUCUGAGGGGACGUCAGCCGACCGAGAAAUUCAGCGUACAUUGAUGGAGCUGCUUAAUCAACUAGAUGGAUUUGACUACUUGGGGAAAACUAAGAUUAUCAUGGCUACAAACAGACCGGAUACCCUCGAUCCAGCCCUUCUUCGAGCUGGUCGUCUCGAUAGAAAAAUCGAAAUCCCACUACCAAAUGAGGUUGGUAGGUUAGAAAUCAUGAAAAUCCAUUCUAGCGGUGUCGCCAUAGAAGGCGAAAUCGACUUUGAAACCAUUGUCAAAAUGAGUGACGGCCUAAAUGGGGCUGAUCUUCGCAAUGUCGUGACAGAAGCUGGACUCUUCGCCAUCAAGGACUACCGCGAUGCUAUUAACCAGGACGAUUUCAACAAAGCUGUGCGAAAGGUGGCGGAGGCGAAGAAGCUUGAAGGGAAGCUGGAAUAUCAAAAACUCUAG